AUGGCUCCAGCUGCUUACUCCGAUUUAACCAAAGCUUCCAACGAUUUGUUGAACAAGGACUUUUACCACUUGUCAACUGCUGCUGUUGAUGUUAAAACAGUUGCUCCAAAUGGUGUUGCUUUCACCGUUAAAGGUAAGACUGCCAAAGACGACACAAUUGCUGCUUCUGUUGACGCUAAACACGUUGACAAGGCUACUGGUUUAACCUUAACUCAAGGUUGGAACAAUGCCAAUGUCUUGUCCACCAAGAUUGAAUUGUCCGAAUUGUUAACUCCUGGUUUGAAGGGAGAAUUGGACACCUCAAUUGUUCCAAAUGGCCAAAGAAAUGCUAAAUUGAACUUUUUCUACCAACAAUCAGCCGUCAAUGCUAGAUUAUUCUUUGACUUGUUGAAAGGUCCAAUUGCUACUGCUGAUUUGGCUGUUGCUCACGAUGGUUUCACUGCUGGUGCCGAAUUGGGUUACGAUAUCUCCAGUGCCAAGGUCAACAAGUACUCUGUUGGUGUUGGUUACUCCACCUUGACUUACAACUUGGCUGCUACUGCCACCUCAAACUUGUCAGUUUUCUCAGCUGCUUACUACCACAGAGUUUCACCAUUGGUUGAAGUUGGUGCCAAGACCACUUGGGAUUCAGUCAAGUCAUCAAACGUCAAUGUGGAAUUUGCUACUAAAUACGCUUUGGAUAAAUCUGCUUUCAUCAAAGCCAAGAUUGCUGACUCUGGUUUGACUGCUUUGUCUUACACUCAAGAAUUGAGACCAGGUGUUAAGUUGGGUUUGGGUGCUUCUUUCGAUGCUUUGAAAUUGGCUGAACCAGUUCAUAAAUUGGGUUUCUCUUUGUCAUUCGCUGCUUAA